GAAGGCAAGGCAAAACUGUCUGGUCCGGUCCGACCACGCCCAUAUCUUCUUGGCUUCAACCCCGGAGGCCGGUGAUGGUGCUGGAUUCUCCGCUUCUUCCGUUGCCCUCUGUUCAGGCGGGAGAGGGUUGACACAUGGAUUUGCCGCCGGCAUUGAUCGAAGCAGAUGCCCUCCGGUUCUAAUAUUAUGACAACAAAAGUAGCAUUUUGCUGAUUUUGCUGGUCUUCUUUUAUGAACAAGUGGAGAAGCUAUGAAGGAAGAGGGAUAUCAUAGUAGGAUCAGUUCUUUCAUUGAAUAUAGAAAGAAAUAGCGAGUUUGGUAAUCAGGAGGCUGUCGGAGAAACCUUUUUGAUACUUCAUGUAUUUGUCCGCCUAAAUAAUACAAAGUGGUUCAUCUUCACCAUCAAUAGCAUCAUUCUGCGGUGUUGAGUUCAUUCACUUAGACAGGUCCAAAAUCAUCAGUCAAAGUGUUGAGCAUUAUGGAUGUUCCAAGCAAGUGGUUCAAAGUAUUGGUUGGCUUGAAGAAGUCAAAAAAGUCUCAAAAUGCAGACAAGAAUAAUUCUUGCCAGUUAAUUUUUGGGCACCGUAAGAAGCAUUUAGCUGAUACUCAGAAGGUCAAGGAGGAUGAGGAAGAUCCUGAUAAAGUCAUUCCACAUCUAUCUGAACAUCAUGCUCAGUGUAGCUUGAGUACCACAAGUUCCUCUGCUGGGUCACAUGAUGUAAAUGCUGCUGGUGAAUUCAAACAGAAUUUGAGAGAGCAUCAGGCUGCCAUAUGCAUUCAGACAGCUUUUCGAGCAUUUCUGGCAAGGCGUGCGCUUCGAGCAUUGAAAGGACUUGUGAGGCUUCAGGCUCUUGUAAGAGGCCAUGCUGUGAGAAAGCAAGCUGCAAUAACUCUUCGAGCUAUGCAAGCUUUAGUUAGGGUGCAAGCUCGUGUAAGGGCAAGGCAUGUUCGCAUGGCAUUGGAGAAUCAAUUGGCACAACAAAAACAACAGGAGCAGGUUGCACAAGAAUCUAGAGUACGAGAAAUUGAGGAAGGUUGGUGUGACAGCAUUGGUUCGGUUGAACAAAUUCACGCCAAGUUACUAAAAAGACAGGAAGCUGCAGCUAAAAGAGAGAGAGCCAGAGCAUAUGCUCUGACACACCAAUGGCAAGCAGGAACCAGGCCAGCUGCAGUCCCUGCUGGUUUUAAGCCUGAUAAGAAUAACUGGGGAUGGAACUGGCUAGAACGCUGGAUGGCUGUUCGUCCCUGGGAAAACCGGUUCCUGAACAUAAAUCUUAAGGAUGGUGUAUUGGUUCAAGAAAAUGGAGCCAUUGAGACCUCGAACAACACUAAGGUGCCCCUCAAGAUUUCUGGCAAGAAACCUACCUCCCAGACUAAUUAUGGCCAGAAAGCACAUCCUUCGAAGUCUGAUGGAUUUACUUCUGACAAGUCAGCUGUCGCUCCUCUUGUAACCAACGUGCUGAAAGCCAAGCUGAAGUCUAGUCUAUCCCCUGAAAGACCGAUUGAAGAAGCAGAUUCUUCCCGUGUACCAGACUUCCGUUCCUUGAGCAACCCCAGAGAACGUCCAAGGCAGGCAUCUCUUGGAAGUGCCAAAAAGCGGUUGUCUCUUCCCAGUAAUGGUUCAGGAGCUAGAACAGCGAGUGAUCCACUUAACAAGGCUGCAGUUAACAAGAGCACAAAGGCGAACGCUCAAAAGCAGCUUGGUAGUGAUUCUCUGAAGCCUGCAGAACAGGUGGCCUGAAUCACAGAACGCAGGUUAGGCAAGAUGCCUGAACCAUGGCCGUCAGUAAUUGCUAUUCAAGCUAUAGAACUUUGCAGUGAAGAAAACAGGCCAUCUACCUCUCCCCUCCUUUUGUUUGUAACAUGGUGUAUAUAGGGGUUUCUCAAAUUGGGUAUCUGCUUCAUCGAGCAUUCAGUUGAGGCGUUGUUUAUGAUGCCAAUAAAAGUUAGUGUCGUCUGUUGUCCAGGUGUUGUAAAUCUGUGUGGCGAGGAGAAGUGAACGAAUUAUUAUUAUGCGCAAUGCUUUUGUCAACGUGACUUUCCUAUGGAUUUUGGUAGUGAAUUUUGUGUGUGCAUUUUAUGUUUAUUUUCAUACCUUUUGUCUACUUCA